AUGCCAGAUCAAGACGACGUUUUGGCGACAAAUUCAGUUGAUUUUCGAUGUACGAUGUGCCGCUUUCGAUGUCGUCUGCUUCAAUCCAACUCCAUGGUUAACAAAAAUGACCUAAUCCAACGGAUGUCUCAACAAAAUAUCUAUGCCAUCACGAUCGGACCUGCUCGUAUACGCAGUCGUGUUCCUCGGGAGUCAGAUACAACGCAGGUUCCGAAAGCCUUGGAAUCAGCGUCAGGCACACCUAAUUCCGCCCAUGGGACUAUCUUGAGAAAGACUCCAAGCAACAACGGAAUAGAAAUUUGCUCAGCUUGCUUACGCCAAAUUCGUCACAGUCUUCGCUCUCUUUCCACACGUUCUAUCACGGAAGGGAUCGAUCCCGCGGUGGAGCUCAUGAAUCGUCCUGAAAAAUUUUGCAUCCAAAAGAACUUGAUGUCACCCAUCACCUCGGAUCCCACUACUCGCCCUCGGCGUUGUGGUCAAUGUGAAAAUUGUUUCUUGUUCACAUGCCUUUCGGAACUCUGCACCGUCCUCCAGUCUUACACUUCAUUCACAGACCCCGAUGAAGUAUCAAGUCAUACGAAACCAGGAUCUGAAUUCAUUUCACCUGUUGGAGGUCCGCUUCUGCUUCCUUUAAUUGGAAAAAAUCCAAAAUCCUCGAAUGAUUCUCUGUUUUCUCGCUCUCUACCUCCAGCUAUCACUCUCUCGACGGUUUCAGAGAGCGUGAUAACAACUGAUAAUCGCCCCGUGUGUCUUUGUUGUCAGUCUUCGGCCACUCCAUUCCUACAUCGGUAUCAAGUUAGUGAUGAUUCAAAUCAGGUCGUCUGCUCCGGUUGUUUGUGGGCAUGGUUGGCUCAGGUGAAUGUAGCCUAUCACGACCCAACUGUGCAACGCAUUGCUCGACGCCUCGCUUCUGCAGCCGCGGCGACUGGUGAUUGCGUACCGCUUUUAUCCUCAGCCAGUCGUCGCACUCUUGUCGAUACGGCUCGGUUAGCUCGACUAAUUUCGCAAGCGUUACCUUUGUGGUUUGUCUGCCCCGGCUGUGUGACUCGACGUUUGCAUCGACUGUGCUCCGCACAACUUCCUUUGAACUGUCCACGUUGGUAUCGGCGUCGUGUACAGCUGGCUUGCAGAUCAAAAUCGCUUGAGGAUCUAGAUCCCCGGCUUAUUUGCCUUCUCUCUAACCCCGAAACUGAUGGUGCACCCAAUCGAAUGGCUUUGGUAGACGUGGAAUAUACGAACACGGUCAUUGAACGCUGGUUGCUUCCGCCGGAGCCCCCGGUGAUUGACGAAUGCAUUAAUCGCGAUCAAAAGAAUGACGCAAAACAAUCGUCCGAUGAAUCGGACACGGGAACAGAGGAUAGCUUCUUCUCCGAAACUUCGAGCGGUGUGUCUUCGGACUCAUCACCGUUGCGUAUAGACACACCGGACGCAGAUUACGGAGCAGAUUGUUGGUGGGAACAUGGUUCUGAGCCCGCAGAUGAGACCAUUAAGAUGAACGAUUCACCCGAUAUGGUCAUUCAGGAUUCUGAUAGAGGGAGAAAAUAUUCCAACGAACAUGAAAUAGAAGAAGAAGUACCUACAGAUCUCGUUACUUCAAAACGGCAACGUAAAUUGACUCCGAAAGCUGCGGAAGCUAUGGCUAGGUUACGCCGGCGACCGCAUCCCGGUACCUUUGCGUCAGACAAUUCUAUUCCGGAAGAGACCAACGUCUCCGAAAACGGAUUAACUCUCGGGUCUGAACUACAAGAUUCCAGUCAUCAGGCAAAAGAAAUUGAAUCUCCGCACGAAGAGGCUGUAGAAUCAGGCACUCGUGUAUUUCAGUCGAAUGAGCUUCAGGCAAUAGGAGCCGGCGAUUCGGGUUCCAAACGAUUCGCAAAUGAUGGUCCUAGCCCCCCUGCCUCACCAAGAUCUGAAACAGAAACCCAAAAAUCGAAUAGAAGUCAUACUGGAAAACGUAAAGCCAGUCCUCCAACAGAACCUGUGAUUCGAAGCAAACGCAGUUUGAAAAUCAAUCCUAGGUUUUUCAAUGAUUACACGGGCCCAUUCCCAUGUCUGGUGGGCGAAGGUCGUCAGAUCCGGGAACCUUGUGUCGCAGAAUACGGUUCUGAGGAGUCUGACGACAAUGAGGACAGCGGACCUAGUCCUCGUCGUCUGCAAGACAGAAGAGGCCUCAAGCCAGCUCGCCUGUCCGGUUCAUCACGCGGUCGAUUUGAUUCUCGAACCAGACGCCAAUCUAACACACAACAGGAAGGUGGUUACGGAUCUUCACAAAAACCAACUGGGUUGGGUCCUCGUGUGAAGCAAGUUAGCCGCCAUGCCUUGAAAUCAGACGCGGAUCGGUAUGGUUCCACCAUAUCAGCUAUGGUUCACGCUGCCCGUCUGGCUGCAGUCGGUGCGAAAAUCCCAGGUGGCACUAGCCCGAAUCACGCUGCAUUAGCGGCUACCGCACGCUCUGGCACUAAUUUACCUUCUGGUGAUGACCACACCCCAGGACUAACUUGUGAGGAUAGCGAAGCACAUGCAUCGUUCGACUUGACAGAAGUUAGCAUGCGCGGCUCGUCUCGUUUGUCGUCAAAGGACAGUGGACGUCGAUUGCCUUUGCGCUGUGGUCAGUGUGCCGCUUGCAUUGGGCUCAUCCAGGCCUGCGGUCGCUGUAUCAAUUGUCGCGUUCCAGAUUUGCUUGCAAUCAUGGUCACCAAGAAGGGUUUCAGCGUAGAGUUUAUCAAUAUUUUGGAUCUCAUUCUUGAUCAGCACUGA